AUGCCUAUUUAUGCAUACAAGUGUGGCUCCUGCGGUCAUGCCAAGGACGUGCUGCGGAAAAUCUCGGAUGCUCCGCUGACGACCUGCCCGGCCUGUGGUGCCGAGGCCUUUUCCAAGCAGCUGACGGCUGCCGGCUUCCAGCUCAAGGGCUCGGGCUGGUACGCGACCGACUUCAAGAACAGCGGCAGCAAGAGCGCCGCCACGCCGGCUCCAGCGGCCGACACCCAGGCCUCGGAUACAUCUGCCGCACCUGCGGCAACUGCGCCUGCGCCUGCUGCGGCCCCCGCAUCUGCUCCCGCACCCUCCACGGGCCAUUAA